CCGUCCUUUAAAAGGGCUGGAGCGCGGCGGGGUCUUCCGCAGAGAGGGGCUCGCGGUGGCCGGCGGCGGUCAUGUCUCUCUCGCGCCCCGCGUGGCCUGCGGGGCCUGCCCGGCCUGUCACCUCAGAACGGCCUCCUGAGGACCCCGCUGCGGCGUCCCCCAGCAGCCAGCGGCCCGGUCCGGAGGAGGCUGCCGGCGGCGGCGGCGUCUCUGAGGCGGGAUGGCCGCUGCUGGUGGUGCCUCGCUUGUCUGAGGUAGAAAAGGCCUGGGAGUGGUCGCCCAGACCCUUCGCGGCGUUCCUCGUUCCAAAGAACCCUCCGGGGAGCUCGGCCAGGGGGAGGCGGCGGUGUGGCCUGGGGUGGCAGGACGGAACGUUCCAGACGCCCAGCGGUUGGCGGUCUGGAAGCUCAGGAAGAGUAGCUUGUUCGAGGGCUCCAGGAAGGUCUCCUGGACCAGGGCUGCAGGGCAGGGAGGCUCUGGGGGUGCUCCGUGGUGGCCGAGCCGAAGUGAGUCACUUUCCGACCGACACCUCCUCCAUGCCCCGGGUCCAAAGUGUCAAACACGAGCCCGAAGAACUCCCUGUCCGAGGGGAGGAAACUCGUCUGAAAGAAAAGAAUUCUGUGAGACAGCCAGGAAACCCACUUCCAGAGGUUACAGUUUCUGAGGAAACUAAGUCAACAUUACAUGACAUUGAGGGCAGAUGUAAAGUGGACAGUGUCGUAACCCCAGAGAAAAAAGAAAACAGCGUUUCAUCAUCUACACUAAAAAUACCAAAAUUUCAAAAUCAGGCCUGCUUGGAAAGCGCCAAACCCAGCUCUUUUAGAGAUAACAUCACAAUAAUUUACCCCGAGUUUCCAAGGGAUUUAAAUAGCAUCAUGUCCUUUGUCUAUUUAAAGGAAAUAGCAAAGAAAAAGAAUGACAAAACUGAGGCAUAUGUUAGGGAUUUCACAACCAUUUGCUGGUCCCAAAAUAGACCCGAUGCUAAGAAACAAAAGUUACAGGAUGAUAAAAAAAAUGUAUGUGUGGAAAACUGUUUUUCUGAGUAUUAUGAAAGUCACCACCAGUCACUCACUGUUGAAGGGAAAAUAGACUCGAUCGAUUUAAACUACUAUCACCACAGUAGUAUUGAGUGUGAUGUAAGAGACUCUGAAAAGAAUUUCACUGUAACAUUAGAAGAUGUGAAUAAGGAGGGAACAGAAAGGACUCUAGACUCUUACAUACCUACCAGACAAGAAGGAUUUCAAAGCUGGGACUAUAACAGAUCUGUUUUGAAAAGGAAGAGAGGAAAUGAUUGGAUAUUGAACAAUUUUAGGAUUAUCUGUGAAACUAUGAAAAAACUUGGAGAAAUUUUGAGUUUGGCAAAGUUGCUAGAGACUGACCUUUUAAACAAGGGAGAUUAUCACAAUGCAAAAGUCAGGGAUGUACAUGAACAACACUCAAAGACGCUGAUGGUAGGAACUGUGGGUAAUUCCCCCAAUUUUAUAGAGGUUGUUUGGUUUAAUGGUGAAGGCAAAAAUGCCAAUAUACUACAGCUGAGGUACUAUACUAUACAAAAAUACAUUUCCAAAAAUAAAGACAAUAAUACUUUAACCUGCCAUCAGACCCCUCACUUCAUUUUAAAGUUCAUAUUUGAAGAUGUCUUUAAUGUUAGGCAACUGGGCACAUUGUUAAGCCAAAAUACAAUGCACAGUGACCAGAUGAAUGCUAUGGCGAUAACUCAGGAGCUCAGCUUGGAGAACUUGUUAGGUGAAAUAGAAUGGAAAAUAUAUGAUUUUAUUCUGAAGAAGGAUGUAAAGGCCACAGAAAGUUCAAGGAGUUGCCAAGCUCAUAAAGCUAUCGACAUAGAGAAGGAAGAGGAUAGCUCUCCUCCAACUGACAGAGUGUCUUUAGUGCAGUUAGCUUCACGAGUGAGUAAGAAUGUAAAUGUGGAAGAAACUAAAUCUGCUAAUCAAAAUAAUGGAACUAAAACAAAAGAGGAUGGAGGUAUUUUGCAAGAAAGCGAGUUAGCUAAUUCAAAGCAUUUUCAUCCAGAGAAUGACUCUACAUUAUAUGCUGAUCAUCAGUUUGAAAGUGAUUCAAGUAGAGAGAACAAUGAAUGUUUUCAGGGCUUAACUGCUCAAUGUUUAUCAACAGAAACUCUGCCAACAGCAGAAGAUUUCGAGAUGAAGAGUAAAUUUGAUUUAGUACUUGAAGAGCUUCGUAUGUUUCAUGAAAUUAGUAAGGAAAAUGAAAUUCCAAGUACAGCGGAAACAAACAUUAGGAAAGAAAAUUACUUUGGAGAAAGUAAUGAUAUUAAGGAGGCAAGAAUGGAGAUAGAAAAAGAUUUGGAAAUGGUUGAAACCAAUAAAAGAAAUGCAUCUUCUUUGCCACUCGAUUUGAAAGCAGACCCUAACAAACAUAAAAGGCACCAAGGUUUGUUUAAUUGGAAAACAAUACCUACUCAUGGAGGACAGGUAGUUCCCAAUGCGUAUUGUCCAAGAUCAGAGGAAGAACUCCUCCAUUAUACUUCUGAGGAAGAUUUUAAGAAACCCUUCCCUAGAAGUCCUGCUUUUUCUCCUGAUGAAUAUAAAAUGGAAAAGUACAAUUAUUUAUUGAAGGGAGGCAGUCAUUUCUCACAUGGCAUUUCCAGAGUGCAGCCUCUUAAGACGUGCAGCCGCCCAAUUAGAGUCGGCUUGUCCAGAAGAGCUAGGCUGAAACAACUCCAUCCUUAUCUGAAAUGAAUGGGUGGUGAGGACUUAGAAGAAGCUUCUGGACUUUAAUGGUUCAGCGUGUCUAGGAAUGCUUUAUUUCUUGCUUUGUAUAAGUAUUUUUUUUCAGCUUGGAGAUUUUGUGCUUUCUUUAUAGAGUGUAGAGAGGUUCUUUUGUGUAUAGAUUAUUUUAUUACCAUUAAAAGAAAACUUUUCACUGAUGUUUUCAUGUCAUAUGAUCAAUAUACACAUUAAAGUAUUUUCAUGAUCUUAUAAACCAUUUCAACUUCUUAGUUUUCAUGACAUGUGUGCAAUCCUUUUAUAGAGAAAAAUCUAUAACUUCUACUAUUUUUUGAAAAGCUCUGUAGCUUAUAAAAAGGUAAUGAGCCACUGAUUUAAACUGCUCUACACUUUGUCAGGUAUAUAGGAUCUUGCCUUAAAGAGCCUUCCUCCUUCUCUCCCUCCCUCCCUCCUUCCUUCCCUCCCUCCCUCCCUCCUUCCUUCCUUCAGAUAGGAUAUGAAGCAAGAUUGCCCACCCCCUGAAAUAUAUCAAAGGGGCUUAAAACUGUAUCUGCUUCCAGUAAACAUUCCUAUUAUUUGAGUAUAAAUGAAUGAAAUUCUUCUCUUGUCGUGUAAAAUAUAUGUCAUAUAACAUUCUUUUUCUUUCGUUAACUGAAGAUUACAUUUUGUGUUGACAGAUUAAGUUGUUUGUAUUUUUAGGUGCUAUGACAUGAUCUUUGAAGCACUAUAAAUACAUUGUAGGAGAGUUAAAUCUAGCUAAAUUAGCAUAUGCUUUACUACACAGUUAUUUUUCUGGAGAAAACAAUUGACAUUCACUCUAAGCAUUCUUAAAAGAUUUUGACCUUGGGCAAAUACUCCUAUCUUAAAAGGGAAUAAUAAUAUCCUAUUGGAUGAUUGUAAGAAUUGUGCUUGCUAAUGCUUAGGGACUUGGAACAGCUCGGAUACAAAGUUAGUGCUUAACCAUAAAUAUUUGUUGAUACAUAGUAACAACUACUCAAUAACGGAUGUUUAGAAUACUUGCCUCCUGUUUCUCUUUUCUCUUGCUCCUCCUUCAUGCCUCGUCUCUAUUUACUUAGUGUUUGAGACACAAUCUUACUGUGUAGCCCAGACUGGCCUCAAAUUUGCUUUUGCCUCUCAAAAUCUGGGAUUACAGUGUGUGCCACUGUGACCAACUUCUGAGAAAUUUCUCUAAUUAUGCAGACAUUAUAUAUUUUCAUUUACAUAGACAUAUACUACUUCAAGGCAGUUUGCACUACUAAAAUGCCUGUUUUGGAUUAGAGGAUAUAUAUCUAUAUCUAUCUAUCUAUAUAUAUAAUGUGCUGUGUAUAUAUACACAAACAUAUAUAAUAUACAUAUACACACACAUAUACAUGAUGGACACUAAGUUAUACUAUACCCACUGUGUUAGGAAACACCAUCAUUUGAAGCUAUUUUUGCUAGACAGACUCCAGUUCUUUUUCAAGGCACAGCAUGUGCUGUAGAAGAGCAUUUGGAAGAAAUACUCACUGAGCUCUUUCACUUGCGUAGUCUCAGGGUAAAAGAAUAAGCUCACAGCCUAUGCUCCCUGCUAUUAGCUCUUUAUAAUUUGGGGAUAAUUUAAACAAAAUUCUAUGUGUUCCGGAAUUCCAGGCUCCAUGGCUUCCUUCUUUGUUACUCUGAUGUCUAUCAGGAACCCCAAACAUGUCACAGUCCAGGAGAAGCACCUGCUGUUUUCCCUAAAAGGCCCCCCUUCAUAUACUUCUCAUUUCAGGAAGGAGAAACUCCAUUAAGUCACUCAGGACAGAAAACUGGGAGUUAUCAUUGACAUCUCCCCACCCCUAAGCCCCAGUGCCCUAGCAGUGUGGCUUCCCUUGCCUGACUAACUGCAAUAGAAUUGAGUUCCUGUUUAUGGAGCUUCUUGCCUCAGUCCUCAUGUCUAUCUUUUCUGAACAUAGUAUCCAGAAAGAAUCUUUGGAAUAUAAGUCAGCAUGUGAGAGCUCAACUCAGCACAAUGUAAUCUUCUAGCCUUUAUCUUCUUUUGAUUAAGAGCCAAACUCUUACUCUGGUGCCUAAGUGCCACCCCCCACAAUUCCGAAGCACCGCCUCACUAUUGUUGCCUUGUAUGUUCCACUGAAGACACACUGGCCUUGCUGUCUCUUGAAAUAGUAGGUGUGCUGCUGCCUCAGGCCCUUUGCACUUACCUUGUUUUUCUAGGAUGCUUGUUAAGCUAGUACCAUAUCUUUUCCUGCCCUUUCCUGUGAAUGUAAUCAAAUGUUCCUUUUCUGUAAAUGGUUAACAGCUUCCUGCCUCUACAUAUUUCUAUGAAUGGUAGUAUUGUUAUAAAGUACAUAGUGUAGUUUUAGGAAUACAACACUUAAACUACACAUAUUUGUCGUUGCAUCUUACUUGUUCUUACCUUUUCCUUCAAUACAUAUUUUUUUAUAGUAGAUUUGGUUAUUUAUGGUAUAUUUGAUUCAAUAAUUCAUGCCUUUCAGUAUUUUAAAUAUUUAAGACUAGAAAGAAAAUCCUUUCAGCAUAAAAACUUCAUUUCAUACAAAUAUAUUUUGUUUGUAUUCUUUCCCUUCCUCCAACUUUAACCUCCCA